AUGUUAUCAAAAUUAUUACGUCGUCAAGAAGAAUUACGUCGUAUCGAUGAAUUACGUUCACAAGAUUUAGAUCGUCGUCGUAAUUUUCAAAUGCGUCGUCAAGAUCACUAUGUUGAUUCAUUUGGUAAUGGUGUUACAUCACAAGUUGCAGCAGCUAAUGUUUAUGCAUCACAAGCACUUCAACAACAGGGUAAUCCACAAAUGAAUUUUGGUGGUGAUGGACAUGCAUAUUCAAAUCCAUUAGCCAAUCUUCAACAACAAGCACAGCAACAAUCAAUUGAUUCAGCCUAUUCGACAGCAAUAACACGUCAAGGUAAUCAAAAUGAUCGCUAUGUUGGACAACCACAAUCACAACAAGUACGCGGAGGAGGUGGAGAUGAUUAUUCACAACAACAAUUUGAUAGAAAUAAACGACCACGUUAUUAG